AAAUUUUUUGAAGAUGAAUUUUUUUGCAAUUUUAGGAAGAGUUUUAUUGGCUGUAAUUUUCAUUGGUGCUGGAAUUGAUAAAUUAAAGAAUCCAUAACAUUCAGUAGGAUUAUUGAAUGGAAAAUAUCCAAAGUUUUAUGAACACUUGUAAAGUGAAUUAAAAUAAUACAAUUUACAGCUUCCAGUUUAAUUGGUUUGAUAUAAAUAAAAUAUUAUUAGUAACCCAAAGAAAUACAAAAAAUAUCAAAUGAAUUAAUAAUGGGAGUUGGAGUUGUUGAAGUAUUGCUAAGUCUUUUUGUUGUUUUGAAUUAAGGAUGGGCAGGAAAAUUAUUAUCUUUUUUGGUUUUAUCAUUUGUUGCUGUGAUUCAUAACCCAUAUAUUCAUGGAUCAUCUCAAAGGUAAUAAUAAGAUAGAUAUAUAAAAUAGUGAAAAAUUGGCAGAAUAAUCAUAAGCAUUAUGGACAUUAGGUAUUGCUGGUGCUUUAAUGCUUAUUGGUACAUCUUCUAAAAAUGUUAAUGUUACUGCCUAACCAGCUACAAAAUCUAAAGGAGUUGCACCUGUUGCUCCAAGCUAGAAAGCUAAGAAAAAUUGAGAAAUUUAAAUAAAUAUAUAUGAUAAUAACAACAUUU